AUGGAGAAACCAAUGUCUCUAUUAUCAAUUGAGACAGUUCUUUGUCAAAUGAAAAUUGAAAAUCUUUGGAGAAUUCGAGGGCAGAAUCAAGUUCUGAAAAUGAUUUCAGACGGAGCUCCGGUUCAGGGAACAAAAAAAUGGCAAGUUAGAACAGUAUGGAUUGAAGAAGAUAGAAUCGGAUCUCAAUACGAUGAGAACGAUCAGCCUACAUUUGUAACACUGAAAGGAACGAAACAAACGAGAUGGGUUUCUCCAAGAGUCAUUUGUUGUGUCAACGCCAAUUUAGAAGCUAUACAAACAUCAAUUCUUCCUGUUUCAACUUCAUUCUGUAAGAAUCUUUUAUCGAUCAAUUUAGAAUCUGAAAAAGAAGAAUCUCAAAAUUAUUUUCAAUCUGUUCUUGAGUUAGCCAAAAGAAGUUUCAAACUUGAAUCUUUAUGUUUACACAUCAAAAAUCUCACAGAAGCUCAAUUAUUGGAAGCUUUCAGAAGUUUCAAUUUGGAUGUAAAUAUGAAAGAAUAUAUAAGUAUCAGUAUGAAUGUAAAUGCUGAUCUUACACCGAGGUUUGUUGAAGAGUUCUUAUCGGCUCGUGGAAUCACAAAACAACGACUUCUUUUGAUAAGAAGAGCAGAAGAAGGAGAAGAGGAAACACUCAACAGAGCUGCUGUCUUGAAAUUCUUUGAAAAUCCGAAUAAUGUAAGAGAUCUUCGAUAUUUGAAAGUUGAGAGAAUGGAUCGAGAAAUUGCGUAUUCGCUAAUUGAUGAUCUACAGCAGAGACAUGCAAACGGACAUGUAUUCUAUCAGAAUGGAGCAAUUGGGUUCACAGUUGGAACAUCAAUGACUUCUGGGACACAAAUCGAAUUUCUUUCUCUUGUCUAG